CUUCCUGCUUCUUGUGUAAUGUUUAACCCGGCAUACAUUCAUUUGUGUGAGCUGUCACCAGAUAUAUCAUUUAUCUUACCAGAGUUUAAAAUAUAGAUCUGAAGGAUUUCUCUGGAACUAAGGAUUUGAUUGGCAAACGAGCAAAGCAUUCUUCUUAUGUCGAUCCAGGCCUCCGUCCCCCAUGCCUGCUCCCCCAGGCUUCACACGACUGGAGCAGGAUGAGCCUAUGAACCCGCUGCGUAUCUCUGUCGGAGGCCUCCCUAUGUUGGCGUCCAUGGCCAACACCACUGACCCUCGUUUCCGCCUUAAGUGGCGGCCCAUCGUGGUGGUGGUGUUCUCCCUGGGCCUGCUCCUGCUGCUCUUCAUGCACCUUAGCGCGGGCUUGCGACCCCGGUCCUACGACUCCCACAGUUGGAAGAGCGGUCACAGUGACACACAGCAGUCCAAUGUCGGUUACAAUGACACCUACCCUCUCAGUCCGCCUGAGCACACGCCGCAGGGCACUCGCUACCGCAUUGGGGUCAUUGCCGACCUAGACACAAGCUCUCGUAGUGACAAGAAGCUGACUUGGUUCAGCUACAUGCGGCGGGGACAUCUGUUGGUGUCCCAAAGUGGCGACAAGGUAGCAGUUGAGUGGGAUACGGACAAGGUGGUGCUGGAGAGCCACCUGUCGGAGAAAGGGCGGGGUAUGGAGCUGUCCGAGCUGGUGGUGUUCAACGGGAAGCUCUACAGCGUCGACGACAGGACGGGGGUCGUCUACCGCAUUGACGGUGACAAUAUCGUGCCGUGGGUCAUCUUACCUGACGGCGAUGGCAGCGUUGCCAAAGGGUUCAAAGCGGAGUGGCUGGCGGUGAAGGACAAGCACCUGUACGUCGGUGGUCUGGGGAAAGAGUGGACCACCACUGAAGGCGUGUUUGUCAAUAACAACCCAGAGUGGGUGAAAGUAGUGGGCUUCAGAGGGGACGUACAACAUGAGAACUGGGUUCCCAAGUACCAAUCUCUCAAGUCUGCUGCAGGGAUAGAGCCUCCAGGAUAUCUCAUCCACGAGUCAGCAGCGUGGAGCGACACCCUGCAGCGCUGGUUCUUCCUCCCUCGCCGCGCCAGCAAGGAGCGCUACGAGGAGACGGCAGACGAGCGCCGCGCCUCGAACCUCGCUCUCAGCUGCUCGCCAGAUUUCAAAGACAUCAUUGUAAGUCGGGUGGGUCCGCUCAACCCCACUCACGGAUUUUCCUCCUUCAAGUUUGUCCCGAAUACCGACGACCAGAUCAUUGUCGCUCUCAAGUCAGAGGAAGACGCGGAAAAGGUUGCCACGUACAUCAUGGCCUUCACGCUUGACGGACGCAUCCUUCUACCCGAAACCAAGAUCGGGGAUGUAAAAUACGAGGGGGUGGAGUUCAUAUAGACUGAGAUACCUGCCACUGCACUGUUCUAUUUUGUUUACAAUCCAGUCACUGUUGACGUUACUGUACUCGUCGGUCCUCGUUGAGGCACAACUCCAACCUUAAAGGAGCGUCUUCAGUACAAACAGACAAACUAUGGGCUGAGAUUGUAAAAUAUGGUUUUGGGUUUUGAGAAAUUGCCAAUCAACACAAACAAUGCCAGCAUGUCUUGAGAUGGAUGAUCUUUUUCCCAAGACAAAUGUGGUUCCUCAACAGUACUGUAGCCUUCGUAUAAUGAAUGUACAAAAUAUUGAUUUAUUAGACCCUGAUUUAUUUUCCAUGCACAUAAUGUACACUCUCAAAGGGUCGACGGUGUUUGCCCUUUGCUCCAUGAUAAAUAUCAUUGUGUACACCCGUCAUGUUAUUUCCAAUGAAAUAACUAAAGGCCUGCUUUUAUUCUUCAUGAACCUCAACAUGAUUUGAAGGACGUUUUGUUGAAAAAUGAAUUAUGUAAUGUUUUUGUUGGGAUGACUUGAGUAAAAACCUUGAUUCUUA